CCCCGGGCGGCGCCUCGUCGGCGCGCAGAGACCCCGGGCCCGGCCGCAGCAUGGAGCCCGGCGCCCGGCGGCUGCUGCUCGGAGCUGUGCUGCUCGCCGCGCUGCGCCCCCGGCCCGCCACCCCGGAGUCCAGUGUCUUCCUCAUCUUCAGCCACGGGCUGCAAGGCUGCCUGGAGGCCCAGGGUGGGCGAGUCCGCAUCUCCCCCGCCUGCAACGCCAGUCUCCCUGCCCAGCACUGGAAGUGGGUCUCUCGAAACCGGCUCUUCAACCUGGGUGCCAUGCAGUGCCUGGGCGCCGGGUGGCCGGGCACCAAUGCCACCGCUUCCCCGGGCGUGUAUGAGUGUGACCGGGAGGCUCUGAGCCUCCGCUGGCACUGCCGCACCCUGGGCGACCAGCUGUCCCUGCUCCUGGGCGGCCGGGCCGGCAACGCCUCCAAGGCCGGCACCCUCGACCGCGGCGACCAGACCCGCGGCGGCCAAUGGCGCAUCUAUGGCAGUGACGAGGACCUGUGUGCCCGGCCUUACUCUGAGAUCUACACCAUCCAGGGGAACUCACACGGCAAGCCGUGCACCCUCCCCUUCAAGUAUGACAACCAGUGGUUCCACGGCUGCACCAGCACCGGCAGGGAGGACGGGCACCUGUGGUGUGCCACCACGCAGGACUACAGCAAGGAUGAGCGCUGGGGCUUCUGCCCCAUCAAGAGUGACGACUGUGAGACCUUCUGGGACAAGGACCAGCUGACGGACAGCUGCUACCAGUUCAACUUCCAGUCCACGCUGUCCUGGCGGGAGGCCUGGGCCAGCUGCAGGCAGCAGGGCGCCGACCUGCUGAGCAUCACGGAGAUGCACGAGCAGACCUACAUCAACGGGCUCCUCACCGGCUACAGCUCCACGCUGUGGAUCGGCCUCAACGACCUGGACACCAGCGGAGGUUGGCAGUGGUCCGACAGCUCCCCCCUCAAAUACCUCAACUGGGAGAGCGAUCAGCCAGACAACCCCAGCGAGGAGAGCUGUGGCGUGAUCCGCACGGAGUCCUCAGGCGGCUGGCAGAACCGGGACUGCGGCAUCGCCCUGCCCUACGUCUGCAAGAAGAAGCCCAACACCACCGCCGAGCCUGUGGCGCCUGACGCCCAGGCCGACGUGAAGGUGGAGUGCGAGCCCAGCUGGCAGCCGUUCCAGGGCCGCUGCUACCGCCUGCAGGCCGAGAGGCGCAGCUGGCAGGAGUCCCGCAAGGCGUGCCUGCGGGGUGGGGCCGACCUGGUCAGCAUCCACAGCACCUCCGAGCUGGAGUUCAUCACCAAGCAGAUGAAGCAGGAGGUGGAGGAGCUCUGGAUCGGCCUCAACGACCUGAAGCUGCAGAUGAGCUUCGAGUGGUCUGACGGAAGUCUCGUGAGCUUCACUCACUGGCACCCCUUCGAGCCCAACAAUUUCAGGGACAGCUUGGAGGACUGUGUCACCAUCUGGGGACCGGAGGGUCGCUGGAACGACAGUCCCUGUAACCAGUCUUUGCCCUCCGUCUGCAAGAAGGCCGGCCAGCCCAGCCAGGGGGCCGCCGAGGAGGACCACGGAUGCCGGGAGGGUUGGACAUGGCACAGCCCGUCCUGCUACUGGCUGGGUGAGGACCGGGUGACCUACAGCGAGGCUCGGCGCCUGUGCACUGACCACGGCUCUCAGCUGGUCACCAUCACCAACAGGUUCGAGCAGGCCUUCGUGAGCAGCCUCAUCUACAGCUGGGACCGCGAGCACUUCUGGACGGCCCUGCAGGACCUCAACGGCACGGGCUCCUUCCGCUGGCUCAGUGGGGACGAGGUCAUGUACACGCACUGGAACCGGGACCAGCCAGGGUACAGCCGCGGGGGCUGCGUGGUCCUGGCCACUGGCAGCGCCGUGGGGCUCUGGGAGGUGAAGGACUGCACCGGCUUCCGGGCUCGCUCCAUCUGCCGGCAGAGUCUGGGCACCCCGGUGACACCGGAACUCCCAGGGCCUGACCCCACACCCAGCCUCACUGGCUCCUGCCCCCAGGGCUGGGCCUCGGACCCCAAACUCCGGCACUGCUACAAGGUUUUCAGCUCCGAGAGGCUGCAGGACAAGAAGAGCUGGGCCCAGGCCCAGGGGGCCUGCCGGGAGCUGGGGGCCCAGCUGCUGAGCCUGGCCAGCUACGAGGAAGAGCACUUUGUGGCCGACAUGCUCAACAAGCUCUUUGGGGAGUCGGAGCCCGAGAUCCACGAGCAGCACUGGUUCUGGCUCGGCCUCAACCGCCGAGACCCAGGGGCAGGAUGGAGCUGGCGCUGGAGCGACGGUUUGGGGUUCUCCUACCACAACUUCGACCGGAGCCGGCAUGACGACGAUGACGUCCGAAGCUGUGCGGUGCUGGACCUGACCUCCCUGCAGUGGGUGGCCAUGCAGUGUGAGACACAGCUGGACUGGAUCUGCAAGAUUCCGCGAGGUGCGGAUGUGCAGGAGCCUGAAAGUCCACAAGGCCGGAGGGAAUGGCUGCACUUCCAGGAGGCGGAGUACAAGUUCUUCGAGCACCAUUCCACGUGGACACAGGCUCAGCGCAUCUGCACGUGGUUCCAGGCCGAGCUGGUCUCCGUGCACAGCCAGGCUGAGCUGGACUUCCUGGGUCACAGCCUGCAGAAGCUCCCCCAGUCCGCCAGGGGCCAGGAGCAGCACUGGUGGAUCGGCCUACACACCUCCGAGAGUGAUGGACGUUUCAGGUGGACAGACGGCUCCAUUAUCAACUUCAUCUCCUGGGCACCUGGCAGACCCCGGCCCCUGGGCAAAGACAAGAAGUGUGUGUACAUGACGGCCAGCCGAGAGGACUGGGGGGACCAGAGGUGCCCGACGGCCUUGCCCUACAUCUGCAAACGCAGCAACGGCACCAGAGAGACACGGCCCCCAGACCUGCCCCCCGAAACCCUGGGCGGCUGCCCCUCUGGCUGGAGCCAGUUCCUCAACAAGUGUUUCCGAAUCCAGGGCCAGGACCCCCGCGACCGGGUGAAGUGGUCAGAAGCACAGUUCUACUGUGAACAGCAAGAGGCCCAGCUGGUCACCAUCACAAACCCCUUAGAGCAAGCGUUCAUCACAGCCAGCCUGCCUAAUGUGACCUUUGACCUGUGGACGGGCCUGCACUCCUCGCAGGGGGACUUCCAGUGGGUGGCACAGGAGCCUCUGCGCUUCACCAACUGGGCACCUGGGGAGCCAUCUGGCCCCGGUCCCGCUGCCAGCAGCAACACACCGACCAGCUGCGUGGUGGUCCUGCACAGCCCCUCAGCCCACUUCACUGGCCGCUGGGAUGACCGGAGCUGUGAGGAGGAGACACACGGCUUCGUCUGCCAGAAGGUCACAGACCCCACCCUGAGCCCAGCCCCAGCAGCAUGGCCCCCCACCCCGGGCACUGAACUCUCCUACCUCAAUGGCUCCUUCCGGCUGCUGCAGAAGCCACUGCGCUGGCAUGAUGCCCUCCUGCUGUGUGAGAGCAGAAACAGCAGCCUGGCCCGUGUGCCCGACCCCCACACGCAAGCCUUCCUCACCCAGGCUGCCGGGGGACUACGCACGCCACUCUGGAUCGGGCUGUCCAGCGAGGAGGGCUCCCGGCUGUACUCCUGGCUGUCAGAUGAGCCCCUGAGCUACACCAGCUGGCAGGACGGGGAGCCGUGGCAGCCGGGGGGCUGCGCCUAUGUGGACGUGGAUGGGGCCUGGCGCACCGCCAACUGUGACACCAAGCUGCAGGGGGCCGUGUGUGGCGUCAGCGGGGGCGUCUCCCCUCCCCGAAGAGGAAGCCCCCACGGCAGCUGUCCCCAGGACCUGGCGGAUUCCGCCUGGAUUCCCUUCCGGGAGCACUGCUACUCAUUUCACUUGGAGCUGCUGCUGGACCACAAGGAGGCGCUGCAGCGCUGCCAGAAAGCGGGAGGGGCGGUCCUGUCCAUCCUGGAUGAGAUGGAGAACGUGUUUGUCUGGGAGCACCUGCAGAGCGCCCAGGGCCAGAGUCGAGGCGCUUGGCUGGGCAUGAACUUCAACCCCAAAGGGGGCACCCUGGUCUGGCAGGACAACAGGGCUGUGAACUAUUCCAACUGGGCCUCCCCUGGCCUGGGCCCCAGCAUGCUGAGCCCCAACAGCUGCUACUGGGUCCAGAGCAGCAGUGGACAGUGGCGCCCGGGGGCCUGUGCCAACGUCACCAUGGGAGUGGUCUGCAAGCUGCCCCAAGUGGCCUCCAACAGCAGUUUCUCCCCUUCAGCCGCACUCCCUGAGAACCCGACGGCCCUGGUGGUGGUGCUGCUGGCCGUGCUGCUGCUUCUGGCCCUGCUGACCGCGGCCCUGGUCCUGUACCGCCGGCGCCGAGGCGGCGAGCAGGGAUCCUUCGAGGGCGCCCGCUACAGCCGUGGCCCGUCCGGCCCCGGGGAGGCCACGGAGAAGAACAUCCUGGUGUCCGACAUGGAAGUGAAUGAGGAGCAGGCCUAGAGCCCGGCCGUGGGCAUCGUGGGCGUCGUGGGCGUCGUGGGCAGGGGAACAGAGGAGCAGGGGAGCUGGGCGUCAGCUGGGCCCCCCGCCAGACACCUGUCCAGCUAGCUGGCCCAUGGAGCGGUGCCCCGGGGGUGGGCUGGGCAGGGCCUGUGAUGUGGGGCCCACCCCCCGAGCCAGGCCGUUUCCCACCCACAGGGCUGUGGCUCAGGUCCUGCCCUGGCCUGGGCCUAUGCCCUCAGGAGGCAGGAAGCACAGGGGCCUCUUUCUGCUGUCCACUCAGCUCUACCCCGCCCAGCCUUGCCGCUGACAGCACCCCAGGACCACCUUCUCAUCUCAGGGCUGUGGGGUCUUCCUGGAGUGCUUCGCCAACCUCUGAACCUUGUCCUGUGUCCCCCUUUUCAACCAGCCCUUCCUUCUGAGCCAGGGCCCCAGGGCUUGGGGAGCCCUCUUGCUUCUGUGGGGUCAGCUGAGGGACACACACCUGCCACUCGUGGGCAGCUGGGCAGCUACUGUGGUGUCGGGUGGGCUGGAGGCAGGACUGGAGGAGCCCCCUGUCCCCAACCUCCAGGGAUGACCAGGCUGGUGUCAUUUCCUGCCGGUUAGGGGAAGGCUCUGUCGUUAGAGUCCCCUGUGGGGACCAACUCAAGUUCCCUACGGUUCCCAGUUAUGGACUCUGCUUUGGAGGGAGGGGAUAUGGAACCCAGGGCCCCGGGCCUCAGAGACCGGGGACCCUCUCGUGGCACCCAGAGGAUAGCGGCCGUGCCCCUGGGGUGCCCCACUGUGGGGACGGCUGACUCAGCGCCUUUCUGCAGGGGCAGGAGGUGGGCAGCCUCCCUGGCCAUGUCCAGUAGCUGGUUCUGCUGCCCAGCAUGGGACACAAUACAGACUCGAGACAGUUUUUUCCCCCCUAUAGUUCUUGAUUUUUUUUUAAUGUGCCAUUGUUUAAAAAGAAAAAAAAAGCAAACAAAUAAAAGACCGUUAAGAGACUUGA